GACGUUAAUCCACCACCCAUCAGCUGCUCUGCCUCUGCAGUUUAUGAUAGCAGAGCUUUUUCCACCCGAGAGAUCCAGUUUAAUUCCACAUCUCUUCUUCUUUUUUCUCCCAUUUCUGCAUCCCUGCAUCACCUCCUUCUAACAUGCAGAAAAGAAAGAAGCCAGAACCGAUCCAGCUUAACCCAAUUCCUGAUGGAAACACAAUCAACGGAACAGGCGCCUCAGAAACAAACUUGGAAGCUUUGCAGAAAAAGCUGGAGGAGCUUGAGUUGGACGAGCAACAGCGAAAACGCCUUGAGGCCUUCCUGACACAGAAGCAGAAAGUGGGGGAGCUGAAGGAUGACGACUUUGAGAAGAUAUGUGAGCUAGGUGCAGGCAAUGGAGGAGUUGUUUUUAAAGUCUCACAUAGACCCUCUGGUCUGAUCAUGGCCAGGAAGCUGAUCCACCUAGAGAUCAAGCCAGCCAUCAGGAACCAGAUCAUCCGGGAGCUGCAGGUUCUACAUGAGUGUAACUCUCCAUACAUAGUGGGAUUCUAUGGUGCUUUCUACAGCGAUGGAGAAAUCAGCAUCUGCAUGGAGCAUAUGGAUGGUGGAUCUCUCGACCAGUCCCUGAAGAAAGCAGGAAAAAUCCCGGAGGAGAUUCUUGGCAAAGUCAGCAUUGCUGUCAUUAAAGGUCUUUCCUACCUGCGUGAGAAGCAUAAGAUCAUGCAUAGAGAUGUCAAGCCUUCUAACAUCCUGGUGAAUUCCCGUGGUGAGAUCAAGCUGUGUGACUUUGGAGUGAGUGGACAGCUCAUAGACUCCAUGGCCAACUCCUUUGUGGGCACUCGAUCUUACAUGUCGCCUGAGCGUCUACAGGGCACACACUAUUCUGUUCAGUCAGACAUCUGGAGCAUGGGUCUGUCCCUAGUUGAAAUGGCCAUCGGGCGCUUCCCUAUCCCCCCACCUGAUUCCAAAGAACUGGAGCAAAUCUUCGGAUACCCGGUGGAAGGAGAGGCAGCCCCCAGCGAGUCCUCUCCAAAACCAUGCCCCCCUGGGCGUACGGGCAGUUCUUAUGGACCAAACAGCAGACCACCCAUGGCUAUAUUUGAGCUGCUGGAUUAUAUAGUCAAUGAGCCUCCACCAAAGCUCCCUGGAAUAUUUAGCACAGAAUUCCAGGACUUUGUGAAUAAAUGCCUGAUUAAGAAUCCUGCAGAGAGAGCAGACUUAAAGCAGUUGAUGGUGCAUCCUUUUAUCAAACAGUCUGAGGCAGAGGAGGUGGACUUUGCUGGCUGGCUUUGCAGCACCAUUGGACUCAGUCAGCCUGCAACACCAACACAUGGCACCAGUAUGUGAGACUGUCCAUUGCAAAGCCAUAACUAUAUAUGACCUUUGAUUGAUCUUUAUUCUUGAUAAGUGUUUUGAUUUUAAGCAGUUGGUCAAAUGUUUAAGUUUCAGGUGCAUCUCAAGACAUUCUAACCUGAAGUUUAUUCAGUGCGGUGUUUGCAUAAAUUGUAGACUGAUUACACACAAGUUUAUUUUAAUGCACUUUAUUCUGGUAAGCAAUAAGGCUUACAGCAAAACUGAGCUUUUUUGCCAAAACGAAAUUAAUCAUAUACCUAGAAAAGUGUAUUUUAUCACAGACACGGCUACUUUCCAAAGAUAUAUCCAUGAUGUGUAGAGUGCAUUGGUUGGUGUGGUGCCUCUAUACUUCAUCUUGACACUUCUAUAGAUUAUCUGAGAGGUUAAAUUCAGUUUUUUAAUCAAUUAACUUACUGACACAUAUAGGUAUGGCUUGUUCGCCGGCUAGUCAAACAGCGAUAAUACAAAUUAAUGCAGUUAUUUUUUCAGACAUUGGCCUGUUGGAAAAUUAAAUCAUUUGUUAGCUGAAGGAAGCAUGAAAUGCAAUGAUGUGCUCUACUUUUUUAUAGUGAGAAUGCGGGCAGCAGCAUUCUUGAUUUACAUCAGAGCAAAUUUUAAAUGUAGAGCUUGCAUUUUUCUUCAACUAUUUUAUCUAGUCUCCUUUAGAUGUCUUAACUUGGACUUCGGCUUUUUAUGGCCUUCAUUUAGUUUUUUGCUAGUUUUUAACUUGUCUUCUCACCAGAAACAACCUCCGGGAUACAUUAUUUGGCUCUGGCACACCUUACGAUUUUCCCCUAGGUCUUUCUACCAAACAAUUUAUUUUGCUUUGCAGAAAUUGGAUCGGUACGACCCCUGAAUAUCCAGCUGUCAAAGUUAGAAGUAAACUGACAGCUUCUCCUUUUAGAAGUCCUCUGUGACAAACGAAAAUGCACAGAAGCUGUCGUUAGAAAAUAUAAUUUUAGCCCUUUAAAGCCAAGUGUAUCAUAUUUG